ACCGGACCGAGGAAGCGGAAGCCCCACAGAGAGAGAGAGAGAGAGAUGGCGGCGACCACCACCACCGGAGGCGGAACCUCCGGCGAGGGCCCGAAGAUGGUGUGGAACCAGCCGCAGCAGAGGUUCGAGACGGAGGACAAGAAGGCCUACCUCCGGUACGCGCUCCGCGACGGGGGCAGGGUGAUGGACAUCGUCCACACCUUCGUCCCGCCCUCGAAGCGGGGCCUGGGCUUGGCCUCCCACCUCUGCGUCUCCGCAUUCCGACACGCCAAGACCAACUCCAUGUCCGUCGUCCCUACCUGCUCUUACGUCUCGGUCCGUUCUCGAAACCUUCUUUGUCCUCUCUUUCUGUUUCUGGACGUGUCUCCUUGUUAUGCCCGCGAACCGUUUGAUGAAAUUGAUCUGACGAUGGACCUGGGUUUUUGUCAUUUCUUUGGUGUUGCUUAG